CCCUCCUUUUGAAAACCUGUGCCUGUAAAAGUAGCAACAUGUUGGGCUGUCUCCUUCUGUAGCGGCAGCAUCAUCAGCCACGCCUCCAAAGGUUAAUCCCACGCUGGUCCCUCACUCACCUCGACACAAUCAAAAGAUCGAAGCGCACGCACCUUUCGCACUCUCGUAUAUAACAACACCCACCCCGUCGUCUUCUGCACGACCUCAAAAACUCAAACUCAAACUCAAAGUUCAUAUCUUCGCUUCGCACUCUGCAAUAUCCAUGGAAGAAACAAGGAAGGGACUGUAUAUGUUCUCCGCCGCGAGUUCGACGAGAUGCGGCGGCGAGCUCGAAGACGACCCCGUCCCGACGCUGCUCUUCACGGCCGGAACUGCCCUCGCCGCGCUGUGCCUGAAGCGCGCCGUCCUAGCGUUCUUGGGGAAGCAAUGCUGGCACGUGUGGUGGGUCUUCGUCCUCCUCAACGUCAUCCUCCUGGCCGUUCUCUUCACUUCCAUGCGCUCGCCGCCGGGCCACCGAAAGAAUCAAGAAUCAGAAUCCAAGGACGACGAGGAACGAACGUCCAAGAAGCAGAGGAGGAGGAGAUCGCGGCGGUGCUCCGGGUCUCCGCCGGUGGCGGCGGCGACGGCGGCGGCGGCGGCGGUCGAAACAGCACGCGGCGAACUGGUUUACCAAGAAGAAGACGGCCGGAGCGGGACUGAGGAGCAAGAUGCUGCACAAGAGGAUGAUCAAGCAGGAGCCUACGAGGGGCUGUCGGACGAGGAGUUGAACGAGAGAGUCGAAACAUUCAUUGCGACGUUCCGGCAGCACCUGGUUUCCGACGCGAGACGGCGGUGAGAUAUUUGGGGUUGGUCUUGUGAAGAAGAUUCAACGCAGGGUCAACACAAAUUUUUGUUUUUUGUUUUUUCCUCACGAUUUUCUGCCAUUAUAUAUUUUAAUUUUUUUUUCAAUAUGGAUAAUUAAGUGGU